CAACUGAUUGUGCUACUUGAAAUACUUCAAAUUCUUGAAUUCACAAGGAUGAAAAGUCACAUCAUAUGAUGUCAGAAAAACUUGCUGCGAUGGAGCCCUCUGCCCUUGAGUCUGGGGAAGUCCCUGGACCUAGAUUAGAGGGGCUGUCAGGAAACCCUGAAGAGCAGAGCCUGAGCCACUCUCCCACUGAAGCAGGUUUCAGGCAAGUGACAGUUACUCACUGGAAAAUCCAAACAGGAGCGACAGAUCAGAUGUUUAAUAAAUCAGAAAUUAGUCCAACUCUGAACUCUAACUUUCUCAUACUUCAGAGAGAACUUACAGAAGGGGAAGCCAGUCAAUGUGAUACGUGUGGCAAAAGCUUCACGUGUCACUCAGACCUAAUUAGGCAUCAACUUUCUCAUACUGGGGAGAAACUUUAUGAAUGUGAUCACUGUGGGAAAAGCUUCCGUCAGAGCUCAUGCCUCACUGAGCAUCAAAGAAUUCACACUGGAGAAAGACUUUACGUAUGCGAGGUGUGUGGGAAAAACUUCCUUCACUGUUCAAAUCUUAUUGAGCACCAGCGGAUACACACAGGGGGGAAGCCAUUUAAAUGUACACAGUGUGGGAAAGCCUUCUGUCACAGCUCAGACCUUCUUCGACACCAGCGCGUGCAUACCCGUGAGAGGCCAUACGAGUGCAGAGAAUGUGGAAAGGGCUUCAGUCAGAGUUCACUACUUAUUCGGCACCAGAGGACCCACACAGGAGAAAGGCCCUAUGAAUGCAGUGAAUGUGGAAAGGCCUUCAUUCGGAGCUCAAGCCUUGUCCGCCAUUACCAGAUCCAUACGGAGGUGAAACAGUAUGAAUGUAAAGAGUGUGGAAAGGCCUUCCGACACCGAUCGGACCUCAUUGAACACCAGAGAAUCCACACUGGGGAGAGACCUUUUGAGUGCAAUGAAUGUGGGAAAGCCUUCAUCCGGAGUUCAAAGCUCAUCCAGCAUCAGAGAAUUCAUACUGGAGAGAGACCGUAUGUUUGUAAUGAAUGUGGAAAACGCUUCAGCCAGACGUCCAAUUUCACUCAGCAUCAGAGAAUUCACACUGGAGAGAAACUCUAUGAAUGCAAUGAAUGUGGGAAAGCGUUUUUUCUGAGUUCAUACCUUAUUAGACACCAGAAAAUUCACACCGGGGAAAGAGUAUAUGAAUGUAAAGAAUGUGGGAAAGCCUUUCUCCAGAAAGCCCACCUUUCUGAACAUCAGAAAAUCCACACUGGGGAGAGACCUUUUGAAUGUAAAGACUGUGGGAAAGCUUUCAUUCAAAGCUCAAAGCUACUUCUACAUCAGAUUAUUCACACUGGUGAGAAACCCUAUGUGUGUAGUCAUUGUGGGAAAGGCUUUAUUCAGAGAUCAAACUUCAUUCAACACCAGAAAAUUCAUUCUGAAGAGAAACUCUAUGAGUAUAGUCAGCAUGAAAAAGAUUUUAAUCCCACUUCAGAUUAAAAAUGUGUUUACCAAGAGGGGCUUGACUUGAGGGAGGUAGCUAUACAUUUCAGUGAGAACUCUUUAUGUCAAGGGGAGCAUACAGAUGACUUAAAAUUAUUCUCCAGCUCAAUGAAUGAUACUUAGAAAUGAGUGUUUUGAAUCAUGAUUCACACCGAUUUUAGGAUCUGGCUGUAUCAGAAUUUUCCAAAGUCACAGGUGAUACUGUUUUUGCAGUGGGCUCCACCUGUACCACUUUGCAGGGCAUUGGACUUCAAAAUUCCUUCAGCCAUGCAUGCUUGUCCUUAAGAGAACCAUUUGAUUUUACAGCUGACUUUCAGAUGGAGCUAUGGGAACAGGUCUAGAGAAAGUCUCUAUUUUGUAAUUAUUGACAUCCUUAAAUCAAUUUUAGGGUGGAAUUAUGUAGCUAAUCUUAUCAUACUUAAAGUGGCUUAGCAAAUUUUACUUUAUCAGAUAGGCAGGUUGGUGAAUACUUUUUUUUUUAAUUGUUUUUUUUUUUUGGGUGAAUACGUUCUUAUUUAAAAGUCACUGGUUCCUUCCCUACUGUCCUUAGGAUGGAGUCCAAGGUCCCAUGCAUGCACCCUAAGGCCUUCUGCUUCCGUGGCCUCAUCUCCCACGUUUAGCUAUCUGCCAGAGUAAUAGUCCGACACACCCACCAACUUCUUUCCUUCCUCCUACCCUUUGUCCACGUUGAAGGGCCUCCCCUUCCCUCUUCCUCAUGUCCAGGGACCUUUUCCCUCAGGCUUAGCUAGGUUUCCUUCUUCUCUGCCUUCAUGUUCAGUGUCCACCUUUGUUACUGGGCUUACUGUGGUUUGUCAGCCACAUGCUUUUGUACCAGUCUCAUGCUGUGUGUUCUUCGAGGACAGUGAUCAAGCCUGGCUCAUGCAUGUGCCCCAGUGCCCAGCACAAGGCAAUUGAAAGAACAAUGUAGCCGCCACCAUAAAAUCUGUAGUUAAAUCCUGUUUGUCAUUUCUAUCCUGCUAGUUUUAAAUUUUCUAAGCGUAUCUCGUUUCUUCUAAUGUGAGUCUGAUCUGUUCUGUUACAAUAUCCUUUAUUCUUAGCCCUGUGGUAGUGUUUGUUUCUCUUUUUUUAAUCGUUUUGUUACGGGCUCAUACAACUCUUAUCACAGUCCAUACACACAUCAAUUG